CCCCGCCCCCAGUCUCCUCCUCUUUUUCUCACUACCAGCGGCUGCUGAUGCUGAAGCCGAGCGUCCCUCCGGCUCCCACGGCAGACAUGGCGACAUUGACAGUGGUCCAGCCGCUCACUCUGGACAGAGAUGUUGCCAGAGCAAUUGAAUUACUGGAAAAACUACAGGAAUCUGGAGAAGUACCAGUGCACAAGCUACAAUCCCUCAAAAAAGUGCUUCAGAGUGAGUUUUGUACUGCUAUUCGAGAGGUGUAUCAAUAUAUGCAUGAAACGAUAACUGUUAAUGGCUGUCCCGAAUUCCGUGCCAGGGCCACAGCAAAGGCAACAGUUGCAGCUUUUGCAGCUAGUGAAGGCCACUCCCACCCUCGGGUGGUCGAACUGCCCAAGACGGAUGAAGGCCUUGGCUUUAACGUGAUGGGAGGAAAGGAGCAGAAUUCCCCUAUCUAUAUCUCUCGCAUCAUCCCCGGGGGCGUGGCUGAAAGACACGGAGGCCUCAAGCGAGGAGACCAGCUGCUGUCAGUGAACGGAGUGAGUGUGGAAGGGGAACACCAUGAGAAAGCCGUGGAACUCCUCAAGGCUGCUAAGGACAGUGUCAAGCUGGUGGUCCGAUACACCCCAAAAGUCUUGGAAGAAAUGGAGGCUCGAUUUGAAAAGCUCCGGACAGCCCGGCGUCGGCAGCAGCAGCAAUUGCUAAUUCAGCAGCAGCAACAGCAGCAGCAGCAACAAACACAGCAAAACCAUAUGUCAUAGAUUAGUAUUUGCACAACCAGAAACACUGAAUAUGAGAAGAUAUUUGCAAUUAUUUGUGAUGCUCAUGAAAAGGAGAAUCUACAUGGGGAAGGAAAAAGAAUAUGAGACUCGUCCUCAGAGUCCUGGAAAUUCAGCUCUCUGUCUUCUUUUCAUAGCUUCCUAGUUUUACUCUACAUACCCUAUAUCUAAAAUUACAUUUCAUUCUGAAAACUACAUUUUUUUCAACAGUAAAUAUGUAUUGUUCCUAUGCUGUUCCAGGCACAGGUCAAUGGGCUGUAGAAACAUCGUGAGCAAAGCCAAGUCCUUUGCUCUCCUGAUGUUUACACUCUGGUUGGCGGAGAGAGCCAAUUAACAAGUAGAUUAAAAACAUCUUACUGAGACUAGUACUUUGUCUCGUUAGAAUAGUGUGCUUCGGAGUUCUCCUGUGAUGCAGUGGGUUAAGGAUCCGGCAUUGUCACUGUGGCAGCUUGGGUCACUGCUGUGGCUCGGAGGGAUCCCUGGCCCAGGAACUUCCACGUGCUGUGGGCACGGCCAAAAAAAAAAAAAAAAAAAAAACCUUAAAAUAGUGUGCUUUUAUAGAGACUGGCGAGGUGAUGGCUUUUUGUGAAGAUGAGAGAAGACCUCUCUAAGGAGGUGACAUUUCAGCUGAGGUUGAGUGACAAGGAGAAGCCAAGAGAUGAGCGCAAAGAGGAGGAGGAGGGAGAAGCCGGGGCAGGAAGCCCUGAGGCUGAUGGGAGCCUGCUUGAUGUGUGAGGAACAGAAAGACAGCUGAGGCAGCUCGGGGAUAAGGCGUGAGACGGAGAGUGCGAUAGACGGGGCAGGACACAGGGAGCCUUUGAAGAUACUGAAGGAAGUUAGAUUUUAUUGCACUGGAAACCUCGGAAGGGUUUUAAGCAAAGGAGUGACAUGAUAUGAUUCGUAUGUUAAAAAGAACACUCUGGCUGCUGUGGGGAAAAGAGCUUAUUGCAGGGUAAGAGUGAAAACAGACAGGAAUUAGGAGGCUGUCACAUAGCAGUCCAGCCAAGAAAUACAGCGAUUUGGACUGGACGAUGGAAUGAUUUGGAUGCACCUUUUAUCUCUUAUCCAUUUCAAACAUAAAGGUACUUCACCUUUGUGCUUGGAGAAUCCUUUCAAGGGUCUUUCGUUGAUAGUAGCAAUCCGUUAGUCUUUAGUCAGACAUCAAUACUUUUCACAAACUCAUUUUUUCCCUUCCAUUCUCGAUAAAGCAGACUUGUACCAAUUCUCCUAACUGCUUUACCACAGUAACCCCUAGAAAAACGUUUUUCACUCUUUUGAAAGAAGUACGUUGCCACUCAGAUUUCUGAGGUCUUACUAAAAGCUUCCAGCACUCCGUUCACGCAGUCCACUUUGGAAGUCUGUGCCUUGGCUGUAAAUAUUUCCUGGGCCACGUACUCCAUUCCAUUUCUCUGUUCUAUCAGUCUUCAUUACAUCUCCUGAGAGUUUCCUACUGUCUCAUUACCAAAGACAAUUUUUUUUGCUUUUUAGGGCCUCACCUGCUGCAUAGAGAAGUUCCCAGGCUAGGGGGUGAAUUGGAGCUGUCGCUGCCAGCCUACACCACAGCCACAGCAACAUCAGAUCUGAGCCACAUCUGCAACCUUCACCACAGCUCACAGCAACGCUGAUUCCUUAACCACUGAGCGAGGCCAGGGAUUGAACACGCAUCCUUAUGCCUAUUAGUUGGGUUCGUUUCCGCAGAGCCACAAGGGGAACUCCCCAAAGAUGAAUUUUUUUUUUGUAUUAAAACUGUGUUUUUUCUUGUGUAGGAUAUAGCAAAGCUCUGUUUAAGGGACUAUGAAAUUUGUAUUUAUGCCUGCCAAGACGGUACUUGCAAUACACAGAAUCAUGGCCCCUUGAGAGGAAACUGCAGUGACCAUUUCAAGAACAAGCGAAGUACAACCAACUCAUGUCCCCCAUGGAUUUUAUGGUGGAUUCAGUCAGAGACCUCCAUUAGUUCUUGUUCAGCAUUUAAUUAAUUAGAUUUUUAAGGAUUAAAUUGGAUUUGUUACACUUGGUUACUCGCUAUUGUUGCUUUUGAGGAGAGAUUUGACGCUAUGUACUUUGAGCAAAUCUCUGAUUUUUUUUUAACUUUAUCAUAGUUGACUUACACUGUUGUAUUACUUUCAGGUGUAUAGAUAGGUAAAUCACUUAUAC